AUGCAGGAUGGCAGCGGCUGGACGCCGUUAAUGAUUGCUGCCAGCAUCAAGGAUGGCGAGGACCUGGUUCACUUGCUGUUGCAGAAGGGCGCUGAUGCGAACCUGAAAAACCACAAUGGGCAGAGCGUCCUUCACUUUGUCGCCUCCAAAAACAACUUGGAUGUUGCUAAGAUGCUUCUCAAUCAUGAUCCCCCGGCGUCCACUAGAGUUCGUGACAAGCGUGGCCAAUAUCCUAUUCACCGGGCCGCGGCCGUGGGCUCAAUCCCCAUGAUGAGGCUGCUCAUCAACAAUAAAAGCCCUCUCGAUGCAACCGACACUUCGGGGUAUACCGCUUUACACCAUGCCGUUGCUGAAGGACACGGCGACGCAGCCGUAGCAUUACUGAAGACUGGCGCAGACUAUGGUAAAAAGGACCAAGAUGGCUGUCUGGCCCUUGACUUGGCGCCAGAUAAAGAGGUUCGCCGUUACAUCGAGCGUGCCGCCGAAGGGGAAGGCAUAGACCUCUGA